AUGAUUACUUAUCCCAUCCUAUUAGAUUUACAAUCGUCGACACCGUUUAGUCCAACUAAAGCUAUAUGUAAUGCUCUUCGUCAUUGUCGCCCGCCACCAACAGAAGAGUCUCCAAUGAAAAAAAUUGUUCUUGAUUGGGAAGCCGGACAGCUUUUGACCGACGAACAGGUGUUAAAACAAUUGAGAGAAAAAGAACAACUUAAAGCGAGUAUUCAAUCACAAAAAGCAAAACAAACUCCAAGAACGUCGACUCCUAAACGUAAAGUUACGAGAAUCAACAAAAAAAGUAGCCUUCAAAGAUGGUAA